CUUUCCACCGUCGGCCGAGACAGAACCACUUUUUCCCCCGUUGGAUCCCGCGGUGUUACGGUCGCGCGAACGUCGCCGCAAUUAGUUCCAGAUUCGUUCUCCCGUGACGUUUGUGCACCUCUCGGCCACUUCCACCACCUUGAGCCUCGUGCGCGGCCUACUACGGUUGCAAGCCUGGAAGCGCGCGCGCGCGCGCCCUUACCUUGCAGUAACGCAGUAUGUGAACAUUCCCGUGAAUAAGCGUGUGUGUUUCGUAAUUUGCAUAUUUGCUCAAUCAACGAGGGACGGCGUCGUCGUCGUCGUCGUCGUCGUUGGCCCACAUUCGGUGGAGGGCGGCCCCACCUGGAACGGCGCGGGGGGACACCUCCUGCACAACUUGCUAUAGUUACGGUCCGAAGUAAACAAGAGUCUUCUUUGUGUUUUGUGACAACAACAGAGGCGGAAAAGAAUAGCAUCAAGCGGUGAAGAUUUUCCACGGGGAACCGUUUCACCUUAAUAAGUUUUCCCUCCCCGCGAGGGAGAGAGACGGAGAGAUGAUGAGGAAAUUUGACGCAGUAGGCGAUUGCAUCUCGUGCCUAAUUUCAGCGAUAAUUUCCUCGAUUUGGAUGCCGGAAAGUUAACAACCGAAUCAUCAUCGGAAUCGGAAGUUUGCUGGAGAAAAACAGAAGAAGAAGAACGACGACGACGUAGUAGGCGGCAACGUGUGCUACAGCGGCGUAGGAGGCAACGCGCGCGCGACAAUCAAAUUAAGCUGUGAUAGAAAAAUGCUGCCACGGCCGUCGUGCUGGCGAAAAAUUCCGCACCAACGCUCGCGUGUGACGCUAAUUUUGGCUGCCCAAAUCCGAUUAUAGAAAAAAAAGGAAGGAAAAAAAAUCAAAAAAGUUUAACGUAAACACGCCCAAAACAUCAAAGUGAACAAACAUGCAUCCGCGCAAGUGACAGUUUGAAUUUUUUUUUCGCGACGACUGCUUCGAUCGACGUCCGAAAGUCAAUCACCGCAGAGUAGCACCGGUUUUGCUUGGCUCUCCUCUAAUUGAGAGCGGAAGUUGUUUAGAGAGUCGGCGGAGCCCAGCGCUUGUCGUAAUUGCUGGGAAGAGGCGCAAAUUCCGCGCGCGCUCUGAAAAGUUCGGCAGGCGUGGUCCACCGCAAGUCCAAGCCCGUCAACAGGACAAAAAAAAUCCCGGAAUAAUGCUGAGGCGCUAUGGCACCAAUCGCGCCCAGUAUUUACGCUGCCAUCGUGACCUGUCUGGGAUUUGCGUGCUUCGCGCUGAGUGCCACCGCCGUCGGGCUGCCGGUGUGGGGCCGGUUCCGCAGCCGGACACCCGGCUUCGAAGACCAGGGAUACUUCGGCCCGUGGAAGCUCUGCCGCCAGUUGACUUUUAGGGAGCGGUGCGGCAACGGAGUGUCGUACUUUAAGCCAUCCGAUGCCAUCUUCGCGUCCGGCCUGCUGGCCACCUUUGCCUGCGUCGCGUUCGGCCUGUACUGCGUGCUGUGCAUCCUGCAGAUCGCCAUGAUCUCGUCCCGGGACAAGAUCGUCAUGCGAUACACAACUCUAGUCGUUCAGAAGCUGCUGCUGGCGCUGGUCGGAGCCGUGCUGGCCCUGGUCGGUGCCAUCCUGUUCGGGGUCACCGCCGACAGUAGCCGCGGCCAGUUCGAGGUGUCCCGCGGAGCGUCCUUCUACCUGCAGCUGGUCGUGGUAGGACUCUCGCUGUGCCUAGCCGUGGCGGCCGUGCUGGAUCUCGUCCUGGCCCGGAGACCCGGCGGCGAUCCCACGAUGCUGCCGACGGUUUCGAUCGCCGGCAGCGAGAGGUCCACGCCGACCACCGUCGUCAACCCCGGCUACCGGGACAACGGGCGGGGUGGCCGCGGCAGUCGAGUUGGCAUCUCCGUGACGGAUUCGUCCGGCCGGCCGUACACCGGCGGCAGCACCGCCACCAUGGCCUCGGGUAGCGUCCAGUCGAUGAACACCACCCUGACGUCGAUGACGGGCUCGAGCACGGUCAGCACGACGGCCACGCCGCUCCGGUCCAGCCUGAAGAAGCCCAAACCGCCCAGCAGCACCGACACGCUCGGCAUCCAGAACCCGGGCUACCAAUCGCCGCGGCUGUCCCGCAACGGCAGCGUCAAGAAGGUCCGCAUUCAGACGCACGACACCGAGGUGUAGUUGGUCGUGGGAAACGCGCCAUUUUUCGCUCGAUCUUAUUUUUUCGACCCCCCGGGUAAUUAUCAUCCGGGCACUGUGCAAGAUGUAAGAUAGACACACACAAGGUUUCAACUGCUCUGCAAUACCUCUGAAAACGGUAGCAGUUUCUGUUUAGUAGACGAACAUCUAUAUAUUUACAAAGGGGCACGUGGAGAUGAAUGGAUUUCAUUGAUGAACGCUAAUUUAAUAUCGGUCCGUCCCGGCACGCAAGGUCACACCGGCGAUCUUCAAUCGAGUACUGUUAGAGGAAUGCAUUUUCUUUCCAGUACAAACCCACUGUAAAUUUGUAACCAGUUACGUGCACCAAUCCAAUUUUCUCAUCAGCCAGUAGAAUUAAAUCGAAAUCAAGUAAAUGUACAAACUUACAUAUCUAACAAAAUUUCUUUAAAAUGCAUGUGUGGAACACUUUUCAAAUUAGUCGUCUUCCUUUCAACACUCACACAAAAGCCUUAAUUUGGCAACACUGCUGUCACUUUAUGACGCCAUAAUGGCGUCAAAGCACGUGGCACACUGCGCGUUCUGAGAGAACGGUUUGUUUUGCGUCGAAAUUUGUUAGCGCGUUUUGUUUCAUUAGUUGUUUUUUUUUUUUAUAUUAGGGCAUGUUGAAUAAUUUUACACGCUUCUUUUUAGUUCGAACACACGCGUCGUUUUAUCAACGAAGCAAAAUGCACUUAACACAGAAGGAACAAAGCCGUCCGAAAUAUUUAGGUAAAAAUCACAAACUUAGCUUUAGUGGAAGAAAGCAACUUGCAAGAGUAUAUCGCAUAAAUAUUCAUAUUUAAAAGUAUUUAUUUUAGCGGGAGCCCCGUAAAAUGAACUACCUUUGAACACUACCUUUUCUCGAUGUAGUUUAAAUAGUGAAAAAUUUUCUAAUCAAAACUUGCUAUAAAAUAUAAGCGAUUUAGAUCAAUUUGAACGAGAAGAAAGAACAAAAACCAUACUUUUUUUAUAGGAUAGCCUUUAUCAUCCGUCCAAAUAGAGGAAACAUAUAGCUUUCAAAUAUCUACCACAAUUCGGAACACUAAUGACGAACGAAACUCUAAUUGUGAACCUGUGAUUAAUCGCUAAAUCAGAAUAAAUCGGCAUUUAAACGAAAAGUUAGGAAAAUCAA